AUGCUGUCCCUCGUUCUCACGAUUUUGUUCGUGCACAUUGCGAUCUACCUCGUCAACACGAUCGGUGCUGCAACAAUCGAUGCUUUGGUAUGGCAUUUAUAUCUGAAACUCCCCACCUCGACCUCUCGAAAUGCGCGCGCCGCAAACCUCAAGAAACGAGAAGUCGUUCAGCUCAAGCGCGAAAUGAACAGCACCAGCUCGCAAGACGAGUUUGCGAAAUGGGCAAAGUUGCGCCGAAGACAUGAUAAAAGUGUGGAGGAGUAUGAAGCGCUGAACAAAAAGAUCUCUUCGCAAAAGACCUCCUUCGACUGGAGCGUCAAAAGCGCCCGAUGGUUAAGCACCAAUGGUCUCAAACUCUUCCUCCAAUUCUGGUACUCCAAGACUCCCGUGUUCGCGCUCCCCCCUGGCUGGUUCCCCUACUACGUGGAAUGGAUCUUGUCUUUCCCCCGCGCACCCCUGGGCUCUGUCAGUGUGCAGGUGUGGAACAACGUGUGCGCCACGGCUGUCGUCUUCUUUGGCGAGUUUAUUGGUGGCGUUCUGGUCCGGAUCAUGAAGGCGACGAGUACAACGACGACGAAGGAGAAAGUUUCGGUGGCCGUGGACGGAGAGAACAAAAAGGAACUGUGA